AUGGGGAUGAAGUUCGGCAUUGAAACAGGAUUUGAGAAUGGUUCCAACAGCGCCACCCUGGGCCAGCUUCCACUGCUUGGGGCCAUGUGGCUGCUGUCUCUGGCCCUGGUCCUGGCCUUGUCACAAGUCAAUUCCCAGGAAUUCCCCAAGAUUAUCAACAGCUCUAAUGGCAGCCAGGGUGCUCUGCCCGGAGUCCAGGCGUGCGCCCCCCACUCCCAGCCCUGGCAGGCGGCUCUCCUUGUGAAUCAACGGCUGCUCUGUGGAGGCAUCCUCAUCCACCCCUGCUGGGUGCUGACUGCAGCUCAUUGCCUGAAGGACCAGUACACAGUGUUCCUGGGGAAACACUCCCUGAAUUACAGGGAGGCAGGAGAGCAGGUCCGAAGGGUCGUCCGCUCUAUCCCCCAUCCACUCUACCGGAGCAGCCCGACCCACCAUAACCAUGACCAUGACAUUAUGCUCCUGUACCUUCAGAAGCCAGCGCAACUGAACCGCCAUGUCCAGGUCCUUCCCUUGCCCUCCCAGGACUGCUUGCCUCCUGGCACUAAUUGUACAGUGUCAGGAUGGGGCACCACGACGAGCCCUCAGGUGACUUACCCUACAACUCUACAGUGUGCAGAAAUCCAACUGCGCUCAGAUGAGGAAUGCCAUUUGAACUACCCAGGGAAGAUUACACCCAACAUGCUAUGUGCUGGAUCUGAAGAAGGUGGCAAAGACUCUUGUGAGGGUGACUCAGGGGGCCCGCUGGUCUGUAAUGGGACUCUGCAAGGUGUGAUCUCCUGGGGAGACUUCCCGUGUGGCCAGCCCAACCGGCCAGGUGUCUACACUCGUGUAUCCCGUUAUGUGGAAUGGAUCCAGAAUACAAUCAAGGCUGGUGAUCCCCGGAGGAAUAAGUGGGAUGGAAUCAAGUUACAGUCUUGAGAUCAGCUAAGCGGCCAUACUCUUCCUACAAGCUCUGCCUGCUUUUUCCUAGAGGUUCUGUGAUACUCAAGCAUCUUGGGACCUUCAAAGACAAUGUUCUGAAUGUUUUUUUUUUUUUUGGUCUCUUCCAGCCCCUUCAAAAAUUCUGACGUUCUAAUUUAAUUAUUGACUGUCCAAAAGCUAAGGACAACUUCCUGUGUCUAUUUAUGAGAUUCUGGAUCCUCAAGAAGUAAUCUUUCCUGCUUAUUCCUGAUACUUUAGGCUGCUCAAAUUUCAUUAUUUCUGGUUCCAACAUUCUGAUCCCCAAAGAUUCUCCACUUACAUCAACAAAUGUGCGAUAAGAGGCUACAAAGGGCAGCUCUCUAGCCCUGUGCCAAGAGCUGAAGCAGAGGAAGAAUUUAGACAAGAGAUGAUCCCUGCCCUUGUGGACUUCAAGGUUUGAUGGGAAGAAGAGGAGGGGAAAAAUAAGACUCAGGUCCAGAGAGGAUGAAUCUAUCUAUCAUGUGAGAUGGACACUAACUGGUUGUAUGACCUUAGGUGCAUCCCUUAAUCUCCUAUUUCUAAUCUGUAAAAUUGGGAUUAAUUAUAGCUCUUACCUCUUAGGAUUUUUAUAUGGAUCAUAUGAAAUAACAUACAUAAAAGUGCUUUACAAAUCAUAAAACACCAUGUAGAUGCCAUUCUUU